AUGCUGCUGCUGAGCCGCUCUGCUCUCCAUCUCCCAGCCUUGUGGUGGUACCUCUUCCUCUCCACCGAUGCCCAGGAGGUGGCCACGUUCACGGUGCAGUACCGGGUGUUUGAAGAAGUGCCGCCGGGAACAGUGAUCGGGAUGCUGGCCGAGCACUUUGAGGGGGGUGAGAGUGGCGAAACAGCAGAUACCUUCCAGCUGAUGGAGACCCCCCGGAGGUUCCCGCUGCACGUGGGGAGUGAGGACGGAGUGCUCAGCACAGCCGGGCGGGUGGACAGGGAGCAGCUGUGCAGGCACAGUGAUCCCUGCUGGGUCUCAUUUGAUGUGCUGGCUGCCCAAAACCUGGCUCUCGUUCACGUGGAGGUUCAAGUGCUGGAUGUCAACGACAACGCACCACGCUUCCCCACGCCUGAGCUGGAGCUGGAGAUGUCGGAGAGCGCAUCCCUGCGGACGCGGAUCCCGCUGGACCGAGCUCUGGAUGCCGACGCUGGCCCCAACGCCCGCUGCUCCUACGCCCUCUCCCGGAGCGAGCACUUUGCUCUGGAGGUCAUCUCCAGCUCUGAUGGUACGAGGCACGCGGAGCUUGUUGUGGUUAAAGAAGUGGACCGGGAGCUGCACUCCUCCUUCGACCUCGUGCUGACGGCCACUGAUCAUGGGGAGCCACCAAAAUCAGGUACCGCUUUAAUUAAAGUCAUCGUUCUCGACUCCAACGAUAACAGCCCCGUCUUUGCAGAGAGCUCUUUGAUGGUAGAGGUUCGGGAGGACGCUGUGCCCGGGACUCUCCUUGUGACGGUCACGGCCACCGACCCCGACCAGGGUCCCAACGGGGAGAUUGAGUACAGCCUGAGCAAGCACGCGCCCCUGGAGGUGCUGAGCGCUUUUGGCAUCGAUGCCCGCACAGGCAGCGUCAUCCUGAAGCACCCGCUGGACUAUGAGGAAACCCACACCUAUGAGUUGGACGUGCAAGCCCGGGACCUGGGUGCCAACCCCAUCCCAGCCCACUGCAAGAUCCUGGUCAAAGUCCUGGACGUCAACGACAAUGCUCCUGAUGUCCACAUCACCUGGGCUGCGCGGGCACCCGUGCUCUCCGAAGCCCUCCCCAAAGACAGCUUCGUGGCUCUGGUGACAGCCAGUGACCCUGACUCGGGAAGCAACGGCCAAGUGCAUUGCUCCCUCAGUCAAGGGUAUGAGCACUUCAGGCUGAAGAGGACCAACAGCCACAGCUACGUGCUGAUGACCAACGCCACGCUCGACAGGGAGCUGCGUGCCGAGUACAACCUGACGCUGGUGGUGCGGGACCAGGGUGACCUCCCCUUGGCCGUGCUGAAACACCUCACUAUCUGCAUCAGCGACAUCAACGACAAUGCCCCCUCCUUCGAGAAGGCCACCUAUGAGGUUGCCGUUGCUGAGAACACCGAAGCACCUGUCUUCCUGCUCACUGUCUGUGCCACCGAUCCCGACUUGGGUUUCAAUGGGAAAAUCACCUACAGCAUCCUGGACUCCUUGGCUUCAGAUCUGGUCUCGAUUGACCCCACCACUGGGGAUGUUUUUGCCCUCCAAGCUUUUGACUACGAGCAGGUGAGGAGCCUGGAGUUCCUGGUGACUGCGGAGGACGGUGGUCAUCCCAAGCUGGCAUCCAAUGUCUCCAUCAGGCUGGCUGUGCUUGACCGGAAUGACAACGCGCCCGUUGUCACUGCGCCGGUGCUGGUGGGAGGCGUGGCCAUGCUCUCCAUCCUGGUCAAUGCAGAGACAGGGUGCUUCUGGGUGGCCCCUGGGAACAGGAGCACCCAAGGGGCUGCAGCGGUGACCAAUGCAACACUCGUGUCGUGCGCUGGCACUCGCCUCCUCUUCACCAUCGCAGCCAGGGACAUGGACUCUGGCAUCAACGGGGCUCUCCGGUAUGAUCUGGUGGGUGGGGAUGAUGCUGGGCUCUUCAUCCUGGACCCUCUCUUGGGGCAGGUCUUCCUCACCGCCGCCAACGCCAGCAGCCUUGCUGGCAGCGAGCGGGAGCUGGUGGUCCGGGUGAGCGACGGAGGGGCCGUCCCCCUGCACACCCUGGCUCGGGUCCGCUUAGUUUUCCGGCAUCAUGGGGCGUUCUCCAAAAUCUUGGCCCAGGAUCCUGGGUGGCUGAGCCCCUCUGUGGUGGCCGUUAUCUGCCUGGCCACUCUCCUGGGUGGGUGCCUUCUUCUUUUGGUUUUAACCCUGUCUUUGCGUAAGAAGGAGAAGAAGGACGGCAUGGCCUACAACUGCAGGGAGGCAGAGGAUGCCCGCAGGCAGCAGCAGCUCAAGAAGCCGCAUAGGCAGAUCCAGAAGACGGAUAUCCACCUUGUCCCACUGCUCCGGGGCCGGCCCCGGGAGGCUGAGGCCCCCCGUCCCUGCCAGGAGGAUGUGCCCGGCACAGCUGCCCCCAUUCUGGGGGGUUCCCCUCAGGCUCCCCUCCACCUCACCCCCACUCUCUACAGGACCCUGAGAAAUCAGAGGACCCAAAAGGACCCAGAUGAGCAGCAGGAGACCUUCAACCUCCCCAUCCUGCAGCGCUGGCCCUGCCAGCCCCACAGACCAAAAAAUUCGGCGAAAGAGGCUGCGAGCCCCCCGGAUGCACCACCGCACUGCAAGAGCUUGGUGAAGCCACCGCAGGGGUCCCCCCACCAGCACAUCCUCAGGAGCCUGGUCCGUCUGUCACUGGUGGCACUGGCGGAGCAGAGUCCCACUGGAGAGUUCGCGAUGGAAUCGCCUCCGGUGCAGCAAAUCUCCCAGCUGCUCUCCCUGCUGCACCAGGGCCAGUUCCAGCCCAGGACCAACCACAGGGGAAACAAGUACACGGCCAAGAACGGCAGCAGGGAAGGCUGGGCUGCAGGGCUGGAUGCUGACUGCCUGAGCACGAAGGACAGCGGGCACGGUGAGAGCGAGGCAGAGGACCGCGAUUCCGAGAGCGGGUUCGAGCUCUCCGUGCAGCAGCUGGUGGGAGAGGAGCUGGAGACCCUCCGGGAGCCGCAGGCAG